AUGAAUCUCCAAGUUGGCAACGCAACUGAUCGUUUUAGAGAUUAUUUGUCGUUAUUGAUGAAAAGUCGGCAACAUAAGUUCUGGCUGACUUUAUCAAUUGUAGCAGUGCUUUUAUUAUGGCAAAUAGUAUUAAUUAUAGUAACAUUGAAAGAAAAUCUGACAAGUAUUAAUUUUAAUUUGUGUAAUAUUGAUUUAAAUCAAACAAAUAGUUCAAUUCCUCGUAUUAUUCACCAAAUGUGGAAAACUAAUAAAUUGUCAACAUAUCCAAUUAAUAAUUCUCAUUCCGAAUGGAAAAGACUUUAUCCCGAUUAUACAAUUCGUUUAUGGACAGAUGAAGAUCUUAAUGAAUUAAUUUCAGAUACAACAUAUAGAUAUUUAUAUUAUACAUAUAAAUCAUAUCCAUAUUCAAUUCAACGUGCUGAUUUAGGUCGAUUAAUUGUACUUCAUAGUGAAGGUGGUAUUUAUGCCGAUUUAGAUGUAUUUCCAUGUUCAAGACAAGUUGAAAAGCUUCGUUUAUCAAAUGUCUCAUUUAUAAUUCCACGUGCAGCAAUGGGUUCAUCAUUGAUAAAUCAUUUUUUAGCUGCUCAAAAAUCAUCUCCAAUAAUUGAUGAUAUUCUUCAUGAAGUUGUUCCAUUGAAAUUCUAUAGAAGAAUUUAUAUUAUUCCCUAUUUGCAAGUAUUUUCAACUGGAUCAAUAUUUUUAACUCGUUUUCUUAGAGAAUAUAUUGAAGCAUCAGAAUGUAACAAGAGGUCUUUAUGGAUAUUAUCAGAUGAUGAAGUAAAGAAAUAUGUUAUUCAUCAUGUUGGUCGAUCAUGGCAUUCAUUCGAUGGAUAUAUUUUUAAUCAAAUAUAUGAAUAUCAAAAACUUUUUAUUUUUUUUCUCACCUUUUGUAUUAUUUUUCUUGUAUUUGUUUUUAAACAUCAAAGUUUCACUUUGACAUUUAUAAAAUUCGGAUAA